GACCUGCUGACGUCCCCCCUGGAGUGUUGGAGGUCCUGAGCGAUGGCGAUGAAGCUGGACGUGAAGCUUCAGCUGCUGACCUUCACCUCGGUGGUUUUAAACUUCAUCUUCCUGGUCGUGGGUCUGAGCGUGCUCCUCUGUGGAGUCUGGAUCCUGUUUGACAGAGGGACCCUGCUGACCCCCCAGCCCUCAGCUCAGCUGCAGACCGUGGGGGUGGGGCUGUUGGUGAUAGGGGGCGUGGUGGUCGUGGUCAGCGUGAUUGGCUGCGUCUCUGCUGUGACAGGGAACAGAGUCCUGCUGCUGACGUUCCUGGGCUUCCUCAUCGUCCUCAUCCUCGGUCAGUUCUUCAUCCUUCUGCUGCUGCUCCUCAACAGAGGCGUGAUCGAGGUCAAAGUGUUGGAAACGCUGGAUCACAUGAUCAUAAACUACAGCGGACAUGAACGCAUCGAGGACGCGCUGAUGGACAACAUCCAGCACUACGAGAUGUGCUGUGGCAGCAUGAACUCCUCUGAUUGGCUGGAGAACCGGUACAUCCAGAACCAGUCAGAUCCAGAUUUACUUCCUUGUUCCUGUCUUAACGUCACUCGUCUCUCCGUGAACAAGUGGUGCGACAAAAAUCAGCCAAACGUCAGCGUCCAUGCAGAGGGCUGCAAAGACAAGACUAUUAGUUGGCUGGAUACGAACAUCAUAACCAUCGUGGUGAUGGACGCCGGUCUCAUGUUCAUCCAGGUGAUCCUGUGUGUCCUCAUGGCGUACCUGUACCGCACCAUGCUCAGAAAAAACGCCCUGAAAACAGGUCCUCUGGUGGACGCUGACCACACCCCCCUGGACCACGCCUCCGAGGACGACCUGACCAACGGGGAGCAGAACUACAGUUACAUAGAUCCUGAUGAUGAGGGCUAUGUAGACCCCGCCCACCUAGGACGACUCCAUGAUUACUGACGCCUUUGAGAACCCGCCCACUAAUAGGAGGAGUCAAUUCAGAAAUAAUCAAUAACAAUCAAACAUCAGAGGUUAAAAUAUGUGGAACUAGAGUGUCUGAGACCUUCAGGACGUUUUUAGAUCCACUCUCCUCUGGUCUGCUUUCACAUCAGGAACGUGGUUCUGUUAGAGCUGGGGUUCUCAACCUUUUCAGCCCGCGACCCCCAAAAUAAAGGUGCCAGAGACCGGGGACCCCCACUGGACCUGAAGGUGGCUGAGCACAGCCAGGAACAUUGUAGAACAGUCAUGUGGA